UAUCUCUCUGUGUCAUUUCAUCACCUCCACCUCAAUCAAUCACCCAUACACUGCGUGUGGGAGAGAGUUUGUGUGUUUGUGUUUGUGUGUGUGUGUGUGUGUGUGUGUGUGUGUGUGUUGCGUGCUAUGGCUGAUGAUGAUGAUGAGAUGAUGGCCAACAAGGUGGCUGUGGGCUGGGUUGUGGGCAAGUCGGUCAUGGUGUGGGACGCUGCCAGUGUGGCUAUCCUCAAGAGUCAUGGCGUGUAUGGUGAUGUCCGUGGCGCUGAAGACGAGAACGGAGUCAAGCACGAGACGGCGGCUGUAGAGUCGUUGCUGCCUUUGCAUCUACUAAAAGAGGAUGCGCGAUGGGCGGCCAAUGAGGGGAUCAUGGUUUUGAAACAGGCCGUGCCCUUGUCUACCCUUGGUCUUGCUCAUCGUCGCCGUGAUCAUGACACGCUCGAGCUUGAUGACGAGGCUGCCUUUAUGCAGAGCUUGGCAAACGGCUCAAUCCUCAAGACCAUGCUCGAGAAGCAGCUUGAUACCGAUGCGGCACAAGUAGGUCCCAUUCCGAGUAAUCCAGAGCCGCGCAAGGCCUGGAUCGAGGCGCGCAAGGCCAUGAGCGCCCGCCGGAAGACUCUGCUGGCCAGCGAGCCUUAUUCAUCAGUCCGGGUGACUGUCCCGCACCUUCGCGGUGACAGGCGUGGCAUGGUAGCGCAGAUUGUGAGCGUCUCCGACUGGUGGCCUACGAUGACACCACACGAGGCCCGCCGGGUCUUGGCCUACGAGGAUCUGCGCCGCAAGGGCUACACUCUCAUCGACGGUAUCAAGUUUGGAGCUGACUUUUCCAUCUAUGCUGGGGAUAUCGGCUCUGUUCACUCUUGCUAUCUUGUUCGAGUCGUUGCCGCCGGCACCAACGUCAUGGGGCCCGAGUUGGCCGCUGCCGCCCGAGUCUCCACUUUCGCGCGCAAGAUCUCGGUCCUGGCAGUCGUCGACGUCGCCGGCUCUGUCGAGUAUGUCCAACUGGAAUGGAUGACUCGCAAGCUUCCUCGCCUUCCUUCCCCGCCUGCAUCUGCCGCUUCGCUCUCACUCCCGCUGCAGCCGUCGUCCGCUGCCUCCUCGGCCGAUCCGACCAGCGACAACUACUCGCCGUCAGCGAGCUCCUCCCCUAGUUAACAUUGACUACCUAUCCACAA